CUACAGACAAGUAGCUUGGUUCCCAAAGAAACCCUGCUCACUUUAUAAUUUAUGGAACUUAUUUCCCAAUAAUUUCCUGUAAAAUCCAACAAUUGGCUUUUUGGCUCCCACAAUUGCCAUGGCCUUGCCGCCAUCGAUGCUGCAAACUAUAUGUUUCCUAUACGCCGGCCUUCUCCUGCUCUCUUCAUCUUCAGCUGACCCAAUUCGCCAGCAAUAUGUUGUUUACAUGGGAAGUUCAUCUUCAUCGGCAAAUGGCGGUGAGUUCGCGCCAGAAUCUGCGUACUUGCAGAUGUUAUCCUCUGUUACUGAAAGCGAUGACGGUUGGGAGAUGGGGUUGGUCCGCCGCUACCAACACGCUUUCAGGGGCUUCUCCGCCAUGCUUACAGAGGAUCAAGCUUCUGCUCUGUCUGGACAAGAAGGGGUGAUAUCAGUGUUCCCAGAUCCAAUCCUGAAACUUCACACGACGAGGUCUUGGGAUUUUCUGGAGUCAAUGUCAGGAUUAAGUAAUUUGAUGAGCAGCAUCAAUUCUUCUUCUUCUUCUUCUUCUUCUUCUUCUUCUUCUUCUUCUUCUUCUUCUUCUUCUUCUUCUUCAGGGCAUCGCAUUUACGGCGUCCCUUCACCUCGACGCGAUGUGAUCAUCGGAGUAAUCGACACUGGAAUAUGGCCAGAGUCGCCGAGUUUCAAUGACGAGGGAAUUGGUGAAAUCCCUUCACGGUGGAAGGGAAUCUGUAUGGAAGGUUCUGAUUUCAGAAAAUCCAACUGUAAUAGGAAGCUAAUAGGCGCAAGAUACUACGGCACUGAACGAACCUACAAUGACAACAAAACCCACUCUUCAAAACCCAAGGGCUCGCCUCGGGACACCGUCGGCCAUGGUACCCACACGGCCUCCAUCGCCGCCGGCUCCCCUGUCGCCAACGCAAGCUACUAUGGCCUCGCGCGUGGCACGGCCAAAGGCGGGGCGCCCUCGGCUAGGAUCGCCGUGUACAAGGCCUGCUCGGAGGACGGAUGCUCCGGUUCAACACUCCUGAAGGCGAUGGAUGAUGCGAUCGCCGACGGCGUCGAUUUCAUCUCCAUCUCCAUCGGAAUGAGCUCGACUUUCCAGGCCGAUUUCCUCGAAGAUCCAAUUGCAAUUGGAGCUUUCCACGCGCAAGAAAAGGGUGUUACGGUGGUGUGCUCCGCUGGGAACGAAGGCCCUCAGCUGAACACCGUUGUUAACUCCGCACCGUGGAUUUUCACUGCUGCGGCUUCUAAUAUUGAUCGGGAUUUUCAUUCGACUCUGGUUCUCGGAGAUGGGCGGACUUUCAAGGGGUCCGCCAUUAAUUUUUCAAACCUUCGCCGCUCGAGGACAUACCCUCUCGUAUUUGGAGCAGGAGCUGCUUCUAAUUUCACCCCAAUAUCUGAAUCAAGCAACUGCUAUCCAGGAUCACUUGAUAGAAACAAAGUUGCUGGAAAGAUUGUAGUUUGCGUUGCAAGUGAUUUCAGUAUCUCAAGGAGGAUAAGAAAACUAGUAGUGGAAGAUGCAAGAGGCAGAGGGAUGAUUCUGGUCAACCCGGAGGACACUGGUGUCCCAUUUGAUUCGGGCACUUUCCCCUUUAUUGAAGUUGGGGGUCGCUAUGGAAAUUCGAUUCUGAAGUAUAUGAACAAAACCAAGAACCCCAAAGGGACUAUCUUAGCAGCGGUUGAUGUACCAGGAUACAGACCAGCUCCAUCCGUGGCGUAUUUCUCUUCUAGAGGGCCGGGACCCCUGACAGAAAACAUUCUCAAGCCUGAUGUAAUGGCUCCCGGAGUUUCCAUUUUAGCUGCCUUUCCUCCUAAGAAUGUUACUGGGACCGUACCAGCUGGAGAGAAGCCGUCCUGGUAUGCUUUGAAAUCAGGAACUUCCAUGGCUUGCCCUCAUGUGACAGGUGCUGCUGCUUUCGUCAAAUCUAUGCAUCCCAAGUGGAGCCCUUCCAUGAUAAAAUCCGCGCUCAUGACAACAGCCACUGUGUUCAACAACAUGGGGAAACCAGUGAUGAACAACUCAAGGCAAUCGGCGAGCCCACACGAGACUGGAGCUGGAGAAAUAAGUCCAAUCAAAGCUCUCAAUCCAGGACUGGUCUUCCACACAACAACGCUAGAUUACCUCCGGUUCCUCUGUUACUAUGGAUUGUCCAACAAAGACAUAAAAUCUUUGUCUCCGCUCACCAACUUCACUUGCCCAUCAAACUCUACAAACAAUGACCGCCUCAUGUCCAACAUCAACUACCCAUCAAUCUCCAUCGCUGGGCUUUCUCGACACCGCACUGGUCGAGCUGCCACUGCCACUGCCACUCAGACCAUCACCAGAACAGCAACAAACGUUGGACAUGUCAACUCCACCUACAUUGCCACCGUCCAUGCUCCUGGUGGGUUGAGAGUGGAGGUUCUGCCGCAGAAAUUGGUUUUUACAGAACGGGUUGGGAGACUAACUUUCAGUGUUGUAUUUAAUGGGACGAAAGCUCCUCGAGGUUACAAUUAUGGGUCCUUGACAUGGCGUGAUGGUCGCCGCCAUUUGGUGCGCUUAGUAUUUGCAGUGAAUGUUGAAUGAUGAAUGUUAGGCCUUGUAGUUGUAGGGAUCACAAUUGUUACGAGAUGAGAUUUUAUUUUAUAAUGAUAUGUAUUGUUUAACACUUUGCAUACCAGAUUACCAGUGUUGCUUGUGGUUCGUUUUAAAUUUCCUUGCUCUUUGGGGAAAAAGGAUGCCACCUACACAAGGCUCUUACAAAGAUAAAUUAUCCUCUUAUUAGAACGGGGAUAACCGAACUAAACGUUACUCAUUGGAUUCUAUCACAUAUAUCAACUGUUAUUUGAUCGGCUAGAUAGGUUGUAUUGAUUUUAUUUGAAGCAAUGGGUAAUUUUUUUUUAACUUCAUACCAUUUUUUAAAUCGACUUGUAUCUCCUUUAUUUUAAUUUAGAUUUUGUCAUUGUUUUACAGGAAGAUUUAUUUCCACACCAUUGAACAUUUCAGUAUCACCAUGAUAUAAUCUUUUGUACUAUCAACCUCUACUGUAAUGGUAUACUCUGGUAAAAAUAUCUCGAAUAAUGUUUUUUUUUUUCAAAAUAUAUAUAAAAAAGUAUCAUUUUGUAGAGCAUAAUUAAUCUAACUUUUAUGCAAAAAAAAAUUCAAAUUCCGAAUAAUGCAUGCAGAUUUGUACGGUUACAUUUAAAUGGGAGGAAUAAUACACUAGUCAAUAGUAAGUAACAUAAGUUACAGAUCUGACAUUGACCAAAAAUAAUCCCAUUUUCCGGAUAAGAAAAAACGAUUUAUAUGCCUAACUACAUUUCCUAGGAUGCCUAAUUCAACUAGGAUUGAUAGUCCCGUUAGAACAACUAGAGUUGCGCCCGCCCGCUCGUUGUCGGAUGGAUUGCAUCAAUAGUAUAAAUAUACAAAUCAUUUAUUUGUUACCAUAAUCGAUAGUUUGUUCCUUCUUCUCAUGUAUUUCAUUAAAAACCAUUUUAAUGGUAAAAUGUUUGAAAAUAUGUAACGUUUUUUCACGAUGCUAGAAUUUCACCUCAUAUAAAUUAUAAAUAUUAUCAACCAUUCACUCUUUCCUCCUAUCACAGACAUUUUCUAUAUACACCAUCAAUAAUCUCUUUCUUUAUCUCAAUAACGUCAUUAUCCCCUAUCAUUGAAUUCACUACCUCUGAUAUUAGCAUAUUUUUCCUUCUUCUCCCGCAUUUCAGAGAACGAAAAUAUUUAAUGGCAUUUUUUUUGGAUUGUGAAAACUCUAGUUAUCAAGAUCCUAAAUUUACCCAGUGGCCAAUACAUGUCAUGAACUUUGUCUGAGAUUGCUCUUCUUCAUCGUUCGUUAUCUUCAAAACUGUGACCCACUUAGGGGCUUCGCGACGCUAUAAUCAGUGAGCUUCUUAUGAAAAUUUAAUUUCAUGCUCUCGGUUUGUAUGAGAUGAGGAGGUGAAUGAUCUCUCAUUUUGUCACUAUCUUUGAGUAGUUUCUCAAUCAUCAUUCCAAAAAAGCUAGCUUCCUCGAGAUACAUAACAAUAAAGUUAGAAUAAAGAAAUAUUGUCUACAACUCACAACUAAUCCUGAAUCUAUAAAAUAACAAUAAUUGAGAUACAUUAUUUGGUUGAACACUUUAUAUUUUAGUGGGUACAUUGUUUUCUCUCUAAUGAAUGAACUUGAAGUUAAAAAUCAUUAAAUAAUAGAGGUAGAUUGUUACAUAACUACUAUUGUCUUUGAUGUUGUUCUAUAAUUCGUAUAAAAUUGCUCAUCAUAGUCUUCUUCAACUUUUCUUUAGACAAGUACAAUUAAUACGGUUUUUCUAACCCAUUUAUAAUAAGAGAUGAAACGAACGAGAUACAGUCCGCUAAAUUUGAGAGAAAUUGAAAAUCUUUUAACUGUAGCUCUUGAGAUUUGUGCCAGCUGUAACCAAAUGAGGUUAUGCACCAACAUUUCGGCCCUUUUACUUGGCUUUUUGAAGAUCAUACUGGAACACUAUAUUGUUAAUGAGACGAUUCUCCAAUGUGAAUACAUUUUCAAUGCGUAGAAUCAAUAAAUACACUACUCAAUAAUAGUAUGAACUGACUUCAAAAGUCCAAAUAACAUACCGAAAUAAUAUGUAACUGUCAAAUCAAUUUUUGAUAAGAAUUAUCAUCGCACUAAUAUAAACCAAGCAAAGUUAUGAAAAAGGAAAGCAAACGAAGUUGUCAGUUUCCUGCUAUGGUAAAAGAAAACUAUACAUCAAACCUAGAUCUAAUUGCACUAAUAAAAAGGUAGUUUUCUUGCUACCGGUUUUAAACUUUGAUGAUCUAAUUGCACUAAUAAAAAGCUAGUUUUCUUGCUACCGGUUUUAAACUUUGACUUCUGGUCUUUAGAUUCAGAUUAUGAUCUACACUUCAUCACUCCAAGAGAAAACCAAUACUUAACUUCUUCUUUUUUUUACAAUACUUAACUUAAGAAUUGAAAAAUAAAGGGUUAAUACUUUAUUUUGGCCUGAACUAUGAUCAUAUAAUCAAAUUUGGCCCGUGGUUUCAGAUUUAACAUCCUGACCUCAACUAUGUAACAUAUAGAGUCAAUUGGCCCGACACCUAGUUUGACAGUCAAUUUGGAUGGUCAACACCAUCCAUCAUUAGUCAACACGCCAUGUUAUUGCCUCGUCAGCCUAAAAAUCAUUUAAAAAAUUCAAAUUCAAAUUCAAACUAUUUUUUUAAUUUUUAUUAUUUAUAAUCAAAUUAACAAAAAAUCAUUUAUAAAAAACAUAAAAUAAAUUAUUUUUAUUUUAUUUUAUGUGUAAUUUGAAAAUGAUAAAUUUUAUAAAUUAACCAAAAACUAUCAAAUUAUGUUAUAUAUUUAACAUUACCCAAAAAUAAAAUAUGUAAUUUAUAUAAUAUUUUUUAAAUUUAUAUAAUAUUUUUUAAAUUUAUAAAAUUUAAUUUAAUAAUUUUUUGUUAAUUUAUAAAAUUUAUCAUUUUCAAAUAUCCAAAAAAAUAUAAAUUUUAUUUUAUAUUUUUUAAAUUUUAUUUAUUGGUUAAUUUGAAAAUGAUAAAUAAUAGAAAUUAGUAAAAUAAUUUGAUUUUGAUUUUUUUAAUAAUUUUUAGACUGACGAGGCAAUGACAUGACGGGUUGACCAACGAUCAACGGUGUUGACCAUCCAAAAUGAUGGUCAAACCAUGUAUCGAGCCAAUUGAGUCUAUAUGCUGCAUAGUUGAAGCCAUAAUGUUAAUUUCUGAAACCAUUCAACAAAGUUGAUUAUAUGUUCAUAGUUCAGGCCAAAAUAAGGUAUUAACAAAAAAUAAACUACUAAUUAAUUUGAAAUCAUUCA